AUGUGCGUAACUCCCACACCAGGGGGCGCUAUAGCCGACCCGCGCACCUCGGACGUGACGUACGUGGCUGUCCGGUUGCUAAGCUGCACGGAGCAGUCACAGCCGUCAACAAGUGACAUCCGAAGCUUUUCGCCACCAAAUAUUCAUUCUAACCAACAGAAAACACAACUUCACUACCUUCCCGAUGGUAGACCGCACCCAGGACUCGUAGGUGGAGAGUCCAUACGUGAGCAGAGGCCUUUUUGUUUCUUCCCUGAUGGUGUAACUUUGUCCAGAUUCAAGAUGGCGGCUGUUGGCUCCACAAAGAUCUCAUGGAGGCUGCAAGAGUUCGAGGCGCACACCAGCAGCGUGUCGUGUCUGUCUCUAGGGAAAAGUUCCGGUCGUCUCCUGGCCACCGGAGGAGAGGACUGCAGGGUGAACAUCUGGGCGGUCAGCAAAGCCAACUGCAUCAUGAGUUUGACGGGAAGCAAGAGUCCGGUGGAGUGUCUGCAGCUGAACACCACGGAGGAGAAGGUGGUGGCCGGGUCCAAGUCCGGAUCCAUUAAGAUAUGGGACCUGGAGAGCGCCAAACUUUCACGCACUUUAAUGGGACACAAAGCAAACAUCACCAGUCUGGGCUGUCACCCGCUCUCAGACAACUUCCUGGCCUCUAGUUCUAUAGACACCAACAUUAAGCUUUGGGACGUCCGGAAGAAAGGGUACAUUUUCAGAUAUCAGGGUCACUCUGACGCUGUGAGGAGUCUGGCCUUCAGUCCUGAUGGGAGGUGGUUGGCUUCAGCGAGUGACGACUGUGUAGUGAAGCUGUGGGACCUGGGCUUGGGUAAAGUCAUCACGGAGUUCAAGUCUCACACGGGAGCAGUCAACAUCGUCCAGUUUCACCCGAGCGAGUAUCUCCUAGCCUCUGGGAGCGCAGACCGGACGGUGAAGCUGUGGGACCUGGAGAAGUUCACGAUGGUCGGAUCAUUGGAGGGAGACACCAGCGCCGUCAGAUGUGUGUUCUUCAGUCCAGACGGCUCCUGUCUGUACAGCGGCUCCUCCGACACGCUCCGGGUGUUCGGGUGGGAACCGGACCGCUGCUUCGACGUGGUGUCUGUCGGCUGGAGCAAAGUGUCGGAUCUGUCCAUCUGCAACCAACAACUGAUCGGAGUGUCGCAUCAGCUCUCCACUGUCUCCACGUUUGUUGUGGAUCUCACGCGUGUCAAGCGGAGCGGAGGAGCCGUGAUCCAGGACAUCAUCCAGGACAACCAGCCUCUGUCCGCCCCGAGCGAACCCAAGACUGCAGCUCUGAGACGCAGCUACGACAAACCAGGCCCCACGGCGCACAGGGUGAAGCAGAAUUCAGAGAGUGACCGCCGCAGUCCCGAGGGAGAGCGGCGCAGUCCCAGUGAAGACGAAGGAGACGAGAAAGUGUCUUCAGCUGAAAUCCACAACGCUGACGAUUACAAGGAGAUCUUCCAGCCCAGAAACGACAUCUCUCGAACACCUCCAAAGUUUCCGGAACCUUUCCCUGCUCCCCCUGAAGACGACUCUGUCCUGGGAAUAAGUAGCAAAAUGAAAGGAAUCGCUCCGUUUGCUGAAAAACAGCAGGUCUCUCCCAUCGCUCAGUCCACUCCUGUGCAGAGAGUGGAGCCCACAGUGGUGUUGUGUGCAAAGCGGGUUCCUCCCCCAGCUGAGCCUCCCACGGCCUGGCCUCCUCCUGCUCCCUCUGCUCCCACCGCUCUCUCCGCUCCCUCUGCUCCAGCCGUCACCAAAACCAAACCACACAGCUCCGCGCCACAGAAGCACCAAGCGCCCAAAAUCAUACCCAGCUCCAGGAACCAACCUAUCGGACUUAACGUGGCCGACUUCCUGCCCCCCUCGGCUCAUAACCGGCCCGGAGGCCUGAGUGAAGAGGAGGCGCUGUCCCAGAUAAAGAAAGGCCACGACACCAUGUGUUUGAUGCUCAGCAGUCGACACAGGAACCUGGAGACGGUGCGCGGCGUCUGGGGCCGAGAAGGCAUCAAGAGAGCUCUGGACUCUGCAGUUUCUAUGGACGACUUGGCCAUCCUGGUGGACAUCCUCAACAUCAUCAACCUGCAGCCGUCCAUCUGGAAGCUGGAUUUAUGCACAACUGUUCUCCCGCAGAUCGAGAAGCUGCUGCAGAGCAAAUACGAGAGCUACAUGCAGACCGGAUGCACGUCGCUGAAGCUCGUCAUGAGGCACUUCUGGACCCUGAUCUCGGACACGCUGAAGGCCACGCCGUCGGUGGGAGUGGACAUCACCCGAGAAGAAAGACGCCACAAAUGCCGCGUUUGUUUUAAGCAGCUGAAACACCUCAGUAACGUCGUCAAGAACAAGUCUUCGUACGUCGGUCGCCACGGCAGCGCCUUCAAAGAGCUGCAGCUCAUCAUGGCUCCGCUGGACGACGUGCUUUGA